UUUGCCACUGUCGAUCUUAUCCUUGUCUUGGAUAAACAAUGAGAAGCAAGGACGUAGAAAAUGAGGAAAAAUAAAAAAAAUAAAAAAAUAAUAGUAGACGCAGAUGGCGAGUUUCAUUCUGCAAUUACCCAACGGCUUGAGGACCUUCUCGGUUUCUGCUUCACCAAACGGGGCUCCUGAUCUGACAAGCAGUACAAGUGAAGGUGGAGGUGGUGGGCCAGUGAUAGUGGAGCUUCCCCUCGAUAAGAUUCGGAGGCCACUCAUGAGAACCAGAGCUAACGAUCCCAUAAAGGUUAAAGAACUCAUGGACAGUAUACGUGAAAUUGGCCUCCAAGUCCCAAUUGACGUGCUUGAGGUUGAUGGAGUUUAUUAUGGGUUUUCCGGGUGUCAUCGAUAUGAGGCUCACCAGCAUCUUGGGCUCCCAACAAUUCGUUGCAAAGUUCGACGAGGAACAAAAGAAACUUUAAGGCACCACCUUAGAUGACUUUUACCUACUUAAUUUGAAAUUGCAACUUUAGCCAAGUUAAAUAAGCUCUCCGCGAUGGUAGGCUUAUUGCAGAGGGCUAAAUUAUAAUAUUGGCACAGUGUCCAGUACUUAGGGAAGUUGCCAAGCUGUAAUAUGUUGCAUGCCAUUAUGUUUUCAUAAUAAGAGUCUCAGACAGAAGAUGUAUGGUUUUUCGGAUGUAAAAGAUGAAUGGUUUGUUAACAAAUAUUAUGCAUCGUAUAAAUGAAUUCGUAAUCUUACAGGAA